AUGAUUGAAAUGUUCUAUUUAGCUCUCUUAUCAUUAAUAUUGAUCUUUCAUCAAUAUCAUCAAAAUAUAAUAAACAAUGAUACCCUGGAUGAGAUCAGUAAUAUGGAUCAUUCAAAUAAAAUUAAUUCACCUAAUACAUCAUUAUCUUUUACAUAUACUUCAUCAAUGAAAUCUCCUUUAUUGAAUCAUGAAGAUUCUAUAUAUUCUACAUUAAUUCCUUCAAUAUCAUCAAGAGUACAAACGAAAUCAUCAAUAACAAGUUUACCAUGUACAUCAUGUCCUAUAUCUUUAUCCUCAUCGUCAUCGUCAUCGUCGUCAUCGUCAUCAUCAUCAUCAUCAUGUUGUUAUUAUUCAAUAUCACCUUCCGUUUCAUCUAAUUGUAAUAAUAAUAAUAAUAAUAAUAAUAAUAAUAAUAAUAAUAAUAAUAAUAAUAAUCCUAUAAAUACUACAGAUGAGUACAUUCAGCCUUAUCAACACAAUCAUCAAAUGAUUACAUCAUCAUCAUCAUCAUUUAAUCAUUACACUAUGAAUGAUAAACAUUUAACCAAUACAUUUCAAUCUAAUCAAUAUGAUACUCAACCAUAUUAUAAUAAACUAUGGCAACAAUCUAAUGAAACAUUCAAUGAGGAUACAUAUAAUAAUACUAAUAAUCAAUUGAAUAGAUUACAAGCAUGGUUAAACAUCCUUUUGAUGAAUAUGAUAAUCUAA